AUGGCAUCCAAAUUUCUCCGAGAGUACAAACUGGUGGUCGUCGGCGGCGGUGGCGUGGGCAAGAGUUGCUUGACUAUCCAGCUCAUCCAGUCGCAUUUCGUCGACGAGUACGAUCCAACGAUCGAAGACUCGUACCGUAAGCAAUGUGUCAUCGACGACGAGGUUGCGCUCCUUGAUGUACUCGAUACGGCUGGCCAGGAAGAGUACUCUGCGAUGCGCGAGCAGUACAUGAGGACUGGCGAAGGGUUCCUGCUUGUUUACUCCAUAACCGACAGGCAGAGCUUCGAGGAGAUCAUGACUUUCCAGCAACAGAUCCUACGCGUGAAGGACAAAGACUACUUCCCCAUGAUUGUUGUUGGAAACAAGUGCGAUCUUGACGGCGAAAGGCAGGUGUCGACACAAGAGGGCCAGAACUUGGCACGGCAGUUUGGCUGCAAGUUCAUCGAAACCUCGGCGAAAUCACGCAUCAACGUCGACAACGCAUUUUACGACAUUGUACGAGAGAUUCGCAGAUACAACAAGGAGAUGUCGUCAUACACAGGUGCGCCAUCUGGUGCACAGGGCCAGAACGGCAUUGCCAAGAUGGGCGUCGAGGACGACUCGGAGAAGAAGGGCGGCUGCUGCGGAUGCACAGUAAUGUAA